CAGCCCACGGAGCCUGGCGGCCCCACGCACCCCAAAACUGAGGGUCCCUCUUGGCACGCAGGAAAGGACCGAGCCAGGACCCAUGGCCGAGCGCCGGGCGGGCACCAAGGGCCGGCGCAUGGGCUCCAGCCGGCGCAGGCAGCUGCACGAGGGCUCUGGUGAGGCACCAGCAUCCCCCAGCCCCGCCGAGGAGCCACCAUGGGCAUCCGAAAUAGUGCAGAGGGUGCAGGACUUCUUCAGGGAGCAGAACAAGGGCCAGGAGGGGUUCAUCACCCGCUCGGACAUGCAGAAAUUGCAGGAGGAAGAUUUCCCGUGCAGCACAGAGGAGCUGGAGCUCGUCUUUGAUGGGCUGGAUGCUGCCGGCACCGGGCGAUUAAGCACCAAGGAGUUCACUGACGGGCUCCGGCAGUUCCUGAGCUCCCAAAAAGUUGCCAGGGUUCACCGCCGGCGGAAAACGGCGUCCCGGAGGGUCCGCUUGGUCCUCCCCAGCCCAGCGUUGGAGGGGGCGGACAGCGAGGAGCAGAGACACUUUGCCACCUUCAUGGAGCAGCUGGGCACGGACAACAUCUCUGAAGAACAGGAGAUCUGGCAGCUGUGGGUGAAGCUCCGGCAGGAUCAACCCCAGCUCCUGGGCAACCUGGAGGACUUCCUGGCCAAGAUGAGGCACCGCAUCCAAGAAGUCAAAAGCAAGAAGGAGGCUUUGGAGGUGGCCCUGAACAAGCGCAUGGCCGAGCACGACAAGGAGGUGCAGCAGCUCUGCGAGGCCCUGGAGCAGCAGAUUCAGCAGGAGCAGCAGCGGCUGGAGCAGGAGAGUGUGGCCCGGAGCCACCAGCACAUCCUGGAGCUGCAGCGAGUGCUGGAUGCCAGCGAGAGGGAGGUGCAGCGCUUGGUCGCGGCGCAGAUGGAGCUGGAGACGCAGUGUCACAGCCUCCGCAGCACGCAGCAAGCUGCCAGCACCGAAAACCAGCAGCUGGAGGAGAGCAACCGGGUGCUGGAAGAUCACCUGCAGCACCUCCACCAGCAGCUCCAGCAGACCCACGAGCGCCUGCGGACAGUGAGGGCUGCGGUGGCUCGGGAGCACGCGGAGGAGCUCGGGGACAGAGCGGUGGCAGAGCUGCCCGACGAGAUGCCAAUGUCCCCACAGAUGAGUCCGGAGAAGAGCGAGAAGUUCUGCUCCGAGAUGCGGAUCGGGCUGGGGUCGCAGAGCAGCAAGCCCAAAGCCAAGAGCACCCACCAAGUAGUCUGGGAAAAGCUGCCAGCAGAAAUAAACCUUUUGGGACCCCUGCCGAGAGCGAGCUCCACAGAAGAAGAUCCCUUUCCAGAAUUUCUGAAAGAGGAACACUUCUCUGACCAAAGCUCUUUGCUAAGAGAGAUGAAUGAUGCAAUAGCAGCCCUGAGCAAACAGUUGAAGUCACAGGCACCGGCUACACCCCCCGUGCUGGCAGACACUGCCUGUCACCCCCGGGAUGAUGCUGAGCCCCAAAUGGAGCCAGAGGCAGCCACAGCCCAUGGCACAACCCCCGGCGUCCUGCAAGAGACCCUCCCUGGCCACGUCGGUCAUGAGCUGUUUGAAGAAGACCCAAAAGAGGGACCAGCCACAGCUGAGCUUCGUGCUCCAGACGUGACAGAGGCUGAUGUGUGGCGGCUAGGUGCUUCGGGACAGGCAGCCCAAAGUGAGCUUCAGGAGCAGGUCUCAGCACAGGCAGAUAAGGUGAGGCUUCCUGCUGCUGCCCAGCAGCUGGAGGAGAAGCUGCUGCAUGUGAUGGAAACAGAGCGGGUAGCUGCUGGACCUGCUGAGCCUCCAAAACAAGAGUUUCCACCAGCGUCAACCCUUCACAUGAGGGUCCAACAGGAGGAAGAUGCUGGAACUGAUCAAUUGGGGAUGGUCCUUGGAGUCAGCUCACUGGGUGAUGCAGCCAACAGCAGCAUGCAGCCUCCAAGGCAGCUCUUGGGAGAACAGAGUGAAGACCUCAGUGUUGGUCAACAGGAGAAGCAGCAAGAGGUCGGGCAGAAAACAAGCCAGGAAGGCAAGCCCAGCCCAGGGGAGCCGGGGGCCAUGACUGCAGAUGGGGCAGGAGCUGCCCCAAGAGGUUCUCCUGAAGCCUCCCUGGAACCAGACCACCUCUACAACGUGCUGUUCGUCGGGGACUCCCAUGUGGGCAAAACAUCAUUCCUGUACCGGUUGCACGCUGACACCUUCAACCCGCACCUCACCGCCACAGUAGGACUGGAUUAUCAGGUCAAAAACCUUGUUGUGGACAACGAGCGCUUUGCUCUCCGCCUGUGGGACUCAGCUGGUCAAGAAAGGUACCACAGCAUCACCAAGCAGUUCUUCCGGAAGGCAGACGGGGUUGUGCUGAUGUACGAUAUCACAUCGGAGUACUCCUUCUCGGACGUGCGGUACUGGCUGAGCUGCAUCCAGGAAGGAGCAGAAGAAGGAGUUGCUAUUCUGCUUCUUGGGAACAAAACCGACUGCGCUGCAGAGAGACAGGUCCCUACGAAGGAGGGGGAACGCUUGGCCAAGGAGUACCAGCUCAUGUUUUACGAAUGCAGCGCUGCCUCAGGCCACAAUGUCUUCGAGUCCAUGGUCAGCUUAAUCAGGCUGCUCAAAGUUCAUGAAGAUGAUUUGAAAAAUAAGGCAAAAGAAGUACCAAAGCCACCCCAGAAGAAAAAGGGCUGCUGUUGGUGAUGGACAGACUCCCCCUGCUGUGAUCUGAAACUGUGGUGACAGCCAUAAAAGCAUAAAAAUAACCCUCAGACACCACCUCUGCUCCCCAUGUGCCUGCCUUGCCUGAUCCCCCUCAGAUGCUGAGAGCUAAAGCCGCUGCGGAGGAGCUGGCUGUCACCCGGCCCCUUCCCCGCUCAUCUCCUGCCAUUAUCCCAGAGCACAUGAGCCCUCCAAAAGCCUUGUUGGGAAACUCUACUGCUUUCUUUGGGAGACAAAAAACAGGCUAAGGAAAGAGGCAGAAAAGGAACCCAGCUGGAUCUGAGAUGCUGGAACGGUACUGGAAGCAGCAGGGAGCAAAACCGAGUCUUGGGAUAAAAGAAAUUAGUACCAGGAGUCACCCAAAGGCCAGUGUACAAAACAAGGGGGUUUAGGGCCAUCGCUGCUGCUGUGCAGCAGUGACUUUUGCUCUGGCUUUGCAAUCAGAUUUUAUCUGGAACAAUGAAAUAUGCAAUAUAUCCUAAACGCAGUUUGUAACUCUUUCCAAUUAGACAAGGGAAAGCUGUUUUUUCUGUUUCCUGGUUUAUUGUGCCAAUGAGCAGUAAUGGGGUUUUGACAGAAAAGUACCAAAGAUUUUGCUCAAAAGAAACUCAAAAGCCCCAAGAGCAUGUCCAGGAUAAUAGAAAGAGCACUGGGGUGGUGGGAUAUAUGAUUCGAUAACUGUUUGCAAGAGCUCUUUUCAUUGCAUUGCUCGCAGAGCAGAUUUUUGCACUAUUACAGCAAAUCUCAGGGUGGGCAGGGAAGAGCAAGCUGCUGCACCCUGCCCUGCUGCAGCUGAGACAGGUUCUUUAUGAAGUACUGAAUCAGUUUCAGAACCCAGCAUGAAAAAUCUAAAUAAGCACAUAUGAUAAUUUCAAAGUUUUCUUUCUUUUUACUGUUUGAUGCAGAGAAAUAUAUAUUUUCAGAGAAAGACAUACAGAUUAAAUAAAUAAGAAUACAAGAGUUAUAUUUUAGUAUUUUAAAAUAUUACAGGGGAAAUGUGUUGCCUUUUCCCCCAGCAGUUCAACAGAUGUAUAUAAAGACUGUGCUUACAUGCAGAUUUUGGGGAAAUAAUUCUGCUCAGAUGGGCUUGCUUUUUGUUGCCAUUAUUAUUUAUAUGUAUAUUAUGGCAAAGUAUAAUAGUAGCCAGCUUCUGCUUCACAAAAAUAUUGUGACAAGAGUUGUUUUUCCAGUAACACUAUAUAUUAAAUAAAAAGAAAAAAAGCUA